AUGGUGGAGAAGGCGAAGCAAACAGCAGAAGAUGUGUGGGAUAAGAACACUGUGUUAUUGGCUGGAAGAGUCAAGAAAAUGAAGAGGGAAUAUGAUAAGGAUGGCGACAUUCAAGAUCUCCAUGCAACCGGCGGCGCCGGAGACGUGGAGGCGGUGACGGAGGAAAUUUACGGCGGCGAAGGCGGCGAUUUUGAUCCGAUGGAGAUCUGGCUGGAGAGCGUAGACGAAGAUCAGCAUCUCGAUGUAAAUGACUUCCCUCCUCUCCCUGAUUUCCCAUGCAUGUCGUCAUCUUCCUCCACAUCCUCAGUCCCCGCCGGCGUAGUAAAGCCGUCGUCAUCUUCCUCCGCCUCAUCCUCCUCCUCCUCCGCCGCUUCAUGGGCGGUGUUGAAAUCCGACGGCGAAGAAGACCCCACCGCCAAAAAAUUCCACCUUCAUCCUCCUCAACCAGCCAUGACGCCGAGCGCCUCCAUGGACGCCUCCGGCGGCGGCGUUCCGCCGCCGCCGGAGGACAGCUUCACCGACGACGAUUGCAUCAAUGUCAUGGAGAAUUUAGGGUACAUGGAUUUCAUAAACGGGGACGAUAUUUGGGACCCCAUCACUAUUUUUCAGACGGAGAAUUUUCCGCCACCGCCGCCGGCGUUCGAGGGACUGCAGCAGCAGCAAGAAGACGAGGAAUCAAAGGCGGCGGAAACGGAAACGGCGGACCUGUCGUUUCUUCAAGGGAACGGCGAGCUGGCGGCGAUUUUCUUUGAUUGGCUUAAGCAGAAUAAAGAUUACAUUUCAGCCGAAGAUAUGAGGAACAUUAAGCUCAAACGUUCGACGAUCGAGAGCGCUUCUAAGCGGCUUGGGAGCUCAAAGGAAGGAAAGAAGCAGCUCUUGAAGCUCAUACUUGAGUGGGUUCAACAAUAUCAGCUUCAGAAAAAGAACAGCCGAGAAGAAGCGGCGGCGGCUGCAGCCGCCGCCACCGCCGCCGAUCAUCAAUCAAGCGGCGCCGGUCACUUUCAAGCGGAAACAUUUCUCCAAGACACUACACCGUCUUGUUUCUUUCAAUCUCCAUGGACUCCCCCGCCGCCACAAUACAUCCCAGACGCAAAUAACGCCGCCAUGAUGGCGCCGCCGCCGCCGUUUCCCGUUUUCCAGCCGCAUGCUAUGGGGUACAGUAAUAUCGGAGCCGGUGAUCCUUAUAACUGUGGCGGCGCUUCUUUCAGUCCUAUGAACGUGAACGGUGCCCAUUUUCCGCAUCCAACGGAAUACCACCAGCCCGCCGCCGUGGACACCGCACAAUCGUGGCAGUCGUCUGAAUUCAUGGCCGCCGCCGCCGCUCCGUUCAAUCCGUUUCCGGAUAACGAUAGAAUAGCGGCGGAAUCUGCUCAGCCCCAGGCUUUGUACGGAAGCGAAUAUCCUUACCAACUUUACGACGGGAAUGGCGAGAGAUUGGUGAGAUUAGGGUCCUCGGCGACUAAAGAAGCUAGGAAGAAGAGGAUGGCGCGGCAGAGAAGACUCUCUAGCCACCAUUUUCGCCACCAGAACCACCAUAACAAUCACCACCAUCAAGCCCAGAAUUACGAUCCUCACCAUGCAAUGAGAAUGGGCGUAGAUACUGUACUGCCCCAUCAGGUUAGCAAUCUAGGGAAUUGGGUGUACUGGUCUCCGGCAGCUUCUGAAGCUCAGCCACCGAUGGUGGUUCUUCCACCAGCUGAGGCCGCUGCUCAACCACAUCCGGUGGAGAGACCACCUCCGGCGCAACAACAGAACCACCAGAAGCAAAGUUCAUCGGACCGACGACAGGGUUCUAAACCAGAGAAGAAUUUGAAAUUUUUGUUGCAAAAAGUGUUGAAGCAGAGCGAUGUUGGCAGUCUUGGAAGAAUUGUGCUGCCAAAGAAAGAGGCAGAAACUCAACUUCCUGAACUUGAAUCGAGAGAUGGAAUUUCCAUUGCCAUGGAAGACAUUGGCACUUCUCGCGUGUGGAACAUGAAGUAUAGGUUUUGGCCAAACAAUAAAAGCAGGAUGUACCUUCUCGAAAACACAGGUGAUUUUGUGCGGGCGAAUGGACUUCAGGAAGGGGAUUUCAUUGUGAUAUAUGCUGACAUGAAAUGUGGAAAAUAUUUGAUUCGGGGAGUAAAAGUGCGGCAGCACGGAGCAAGAUCAGAAGGCAAGAAACCGGCAAGGAAGAACCCUCGCACAUCGUCACCGGCCAUCUCCUCACUCAUCAAACAAGCAGUGAACUAA